AUGAGUGGAGGCAAAACAAGAAAAAUAUUACUUUUUCUGAUUCUUACGACGACAAUAACAUCCAGUCAAGGAAAAAAUAUUGGUACUUUUUGGGCCAUUUCUGACUUACAUCAUGAUUUUACAUACGGAGUGAAAAAAGAACCCGAAUCAUGUCGUAGUGUCAUUCCUUAUACACAACUGGGCAUGUUUGGCGAUUACGAUUGUGAUACACCGUGGAUCAUGCUUAACCAAACGAUUUACAGCAUGAAGCAACUAGCCCCUGAUGUUGAUUUUAUCCUUUGGAUGGGUGACAGUGUGAUGCACACACGCCGAGAUGAGGCUCUCACCUUGAACAAGACUGUAAAUAUUGGAACAAUCAGAGAUAUUACCAAUUUGAUAAAGGAAGCAUUCCCCGAAGUUCCACUCAUUCCCACCGUAGGAAAUCAUGAUUUCUUUCGAGAUUCUCAGACGUCGACGGCCAUGUUGGAAAGCAUGUCAAAGGUCUUCUUCAAUGAGACAGAGUUGCACACAGCUACGUUUAAAAAAGGUGGCUACUUUAGUGCGAACGUUUCUCCACGACUCAGACUAUUGAAUCUGAACACCAUUUACUACUAUAAACGAAAUAAAAAUGUUAAUCCAACCACAAAUGUUGACCCCGCUGAUCAAUUUGAUUGGCUCGAGAAACAACUGCAGUUAUCAAAGAAGGAAAAUAAAAAGGUCUUCAUCACUGGUCAUAUUUCACCUGGAUUCUCACCUCAUGGUCUAAUGUGGUUUUAUUCACAGUACAAUCAACGAUUCAUUUUCCUUGUCCAGCAAUAUGCCGAUGUGAUCAACGCCAUGUUUUUCGGACACGAUCAUAAAUCAUCUUUUAAAAUAAUUACCACAAACGGCAAGGGUUCUGUGCCAGUCUUCAUCGUUCCGUCCGUGACACCUUGGACAUAUACGUAUAAUCACAACCCAGCAAUGUGGCUAGUUAACUACGAUCGAGAAUUCCUUGGUGAUGAUGUAAAGAUUCGUGAAUAUUUCUUCGUUUUUUUUUUCUCUCUCUCUCAAAGUUACGACAAUAGCAUUAUGGCGAAGGUUCGCAUAAGCAGUGACAUUAUAAAACCGUUUUCCGACCAGGGCGAUGUGGUGGCAUGGCUGAAAAAGGUCAGGCUGGUGGCGAGACUUCAACAUGUGGACGAUGUGGCUAGUCUGCUACCAUUAUACCUGGAGGGGGAUGCACUAGCCCUCUACAUGGAAAUGGAGGAGGAAGAUCAAGGAGACAUCGAUCAAAUCGAAGCUAGACUGAAGCAGGCAUUCGCGGACGAUGCGUUUUCAGCAUAUAGAAAACUGACCAUGGUCAGGUGGACCGGCGAGCGCGUAGACGUUUACGCAAAUAAAGUCAGACAGUUUGUUCGAUUGGCCGGAUUCGAGGGAGCCGAGAUGGAAAGGCUCACCAAACUAGCCUUCGUCAUGGGUUUUCCUGAUACAAUCGCCCUCAGACUCCGACAGGCACCAAACGUUGAAGCACUGACUGUGGGGGAGUUGUUAGCAAGAGCGAGAGUGCUGAAAAGUACCGGAGAUGAAAGUCAGAACGUUGUUGCGGCUGUGCGCACACCCCGUAGUGUCGGCGCGUCUCCCGCCAAGAGCGGCCCACGCACCAGUAUGACAUGCUAG